AGUGCUUUUAUAAAAGGAAAGCCGUUGGCAUAGAUCCUUCGUACUUCCUUGCUCAAACCGUAGAGUAACUGUAACUAUUAUUCCUAUAAAGAUAAAAUAAAUAUCUUCUCCAAUAUGAGCCACAGUGUGAAACAGAUGCAGUCUAGAUCUGUCCAAGGAGGUUGCCAAAUUUCCCAACGAAGCUCGUCAGUUCAUCACCAUGGAAGUUUCAAAAAUGUCCACCACGGAAGUCGUCACAGGGCUCCAAGUGUUCAUGGAGGCUCAGGAGGCAAAGGGAUUUCUCUCUCUCUACACAAUUCUUCUAGUUAUGGACAUCGCUCCGGACAUGCUUUUCAGGCAGGAUUGAAACACGAUGGCUUGUUUAGUUUUAACGAGAAGGAAACCAUGAAGAGUCUGAACGACCGAUUGGCAUCCUACCUAGAGAAGGUCUGCUCACUGGAGAAGGAAAACACCCAACUAGAGAGAAAUAUCCGAGAAUGGUAUGAACAAAAUCAACCCAGCGCAUUGCCAGACGUUAGCAAAUACUACAAAAUCAUUAAAGAACUCCAAAGCCAGAUUCAAUCAGCUUAUUCAGAAAAUGCUAGAAUCUUUCUAGAGCUGGACAAUGCAAAGCUGGCAUCUGAUGACUUCCGGAGCAAAUAUGAGAUUGAGUUGGGCCUGAGCAACAAUAUCUCAUCUGAUGUCAAAGGUCUGCACAGGGUCCUAGAAAGACUGAAUAUAGAAAGAUGUGACUUUGAUAUGCAAGUUCAGUCUCUUGAGGAGGAGCUGCAACAGUUGAAGAAUAACCACGAGGAGGAAGUGAAUGGUCUGCGUGCACAGCUGGGACUAAGAGUGAGCGUGGAAGUGGACGCUGCUCCAGCUAUAGACCUUAACCAGUCCUUGUCUGAGAUCCGACAGCAAUACGAGAACCUCAUGGAAAAUAAUUUGCGAGAAGUUGAGAGCAUAUUCCUUGCAAGGACUGAAGAACUGAGUCAUGAAGUGGUAUCUGGUGCUGAACAGUUACAGUCAGUAACUGUAGACCUUAUUGAAUUAAAGCGUACCCUGCAGACCCUCGAGAUCGAACUACAGAGUCAAUGGAGCCUGAAAGAAACUAUGGAAGACAUAUUGGUGGAAACUAAUGCCAGAUACAGUUCCCAGCUUUCCCAGUUACAAGAGAUGAUCAAUCACAUAGAAUCUCAGCUUGCUCAUCUUCGAUCUGACCUAGAACACCAAAUAGUUGAGUACAAAAUUCUCAUGGACCAGAAGAACCACUUGGAAAUGGAGAUUGCAACAUACAAGCGCUUACUGGAAGGACACGAUAUCCAUGUUUCUGGACAACAUGACAAAAAUGAAUCGAACCAAAAUGUAAAGGUUCAACGCAUCACACAGCAUGUUCAGCAGGCCAAACAUUAGGUGUUCCGAAAACAUUGUGGGCCCCACCGUGAAGGAACAAAGCAUCAAAACUACUGAUUUGGCAUAUUCUUCAAUCUGUUUCUAGAGAGAAUCAAUUAGCUUAUUCAUCCCUUCUUGUGCUUUAAUGUUUGUUCAGUUAACUAAUUAAAAAUUCUGUUCAAAGCAAAUUAUUGUCAUGUAGCUUUA